UUCUCUGUAUCAAAUGACCCUCCAUCCUUCCAGAUCAAACACAAACACACACAGACCAUCUCUCUCUCUCUCUCUCGGACCAUCUCGCUCUCUCUCUCUCUCUCUCUCUCUAAAAUCACACUUUCUCUGUCUCUCUCUCUCUAAAAUCACACUUUCUCUUUCUCUCUCUCUCUGCCUCUCUCUCUACGUUCGCGAUAAACACUAUUGAUGUGUAUGCAACGUUACAGAUAAUUGUUGCAUUCUUCUACAUGGAGAUACUGCUUCUAAGGAAUGUUUUCUGAUUGUAAAAGGACCAGGAUAUUGGAAUCUUAAUGGAUUACUUUAAUGGUGGUGGUGAGAGUCCUGCUAUCUUACAGCUGUAUAAAUGGGGCCCUUCUCAAUGCCAAUUGAACUUAUCGGAAUUUCGUGAAGCUUUUAUAUCACCAACAAGGGAGCUUCUAUUGUUGCUGUCUCAUCAAUGUGAAGCCUUACUUCUUCCUUUGGUUACUGGGGAUGCCACAGACGACAACAUUUUAGAAACUGUCCACAAUGAUCAUCUUCAAAGUCAAUCUUCAGCAGCCUCUUCUUCCCAACUGUCAACACACCCUAGUUGGUCAGACACGAAAGAAAAUAUAUCUCCUACAGAUGCAUCAGCAACAGAUUGUGAAAAUGGUUUUUCUGCUGAAGAUCAAAUUUCAACAUCUAAUAGUUAUCCUUUUAUUUGUGAUGUUAACUCACUGGCUUGGGGUGUAUGUGGAGAUAUGUAUAAUCCGCAUGAUGAUGUCACAUUCAGAGAGCUUCUAUUUGUGUCAAAUGAUUUUGGUGUUACAGUGCAUGCUUUUCGUGAGCUUAUACCUGAUAAAACUGCAGUGCCAACACCCAUAUUGGACGAUGAGUUUGGGCAAGGUAGGUGGGUGGAGUGGGGCCCUUCUUCUGCAUCAGCUCAAAAUAUGAAGUCACAGGACUCUUCUGGCUUGUUUUAUGAAGGCACUAGCACUAUUGCAGGUGUUAGAAAGGCCAAUGAAAAUGGGGAAAUUGUGCAAGAUGCAUAUGAAGGGGUUGAUCAGCUGUUGAGAACUGUUGCUUCAAAGAAGUGGUUGCGAUCUUUUCUUGCUAAAGCUGAAACAGUAAAAUCUGAUGGUAACAUCUGGACUAGGUUCCCAGAGAAGACAGCAUUUCCUUGCUUUGCAGAAGUCGUUUCAUUUAGCAUUCUUGACAAGAAUUUACCAGUUCUGGACUUUCUUUCUCAUGGAAACUCUAUCUCAGAUGGAGAAGGAAGCCGGCAUGAAACUGAUUUGCGACUAGAUAGUGAUAUGAAUGUAGCCGGUGGUCUGUCUGAUAGCUGUGGUGCAAGUGCGUACAAGUGUUCCAGAGUGUUUUCCAGCAAUUCACAUUGCUUAAUUGGAUUUGUGUUAAUAAUGGGAGAUUCCUUUUUUAUCAAUUCUGCAGAUGAGACUGAAAGAGGCAGGGCGAAAAUUCUGCUUCUUGUUGCUAGGUUAGAUAUUUCAGGAAUUCAAUGGGUUUCCUUAGUGAAGCUUGCACAUAGUGUAAAUGCAGACCAUUUGACUGAGUGGACUGACUUCUGCUUUUCUGAUAACCUUCUUGUUUGCCUAAAUGUUUCUGGGUUAAUCUAUUUUCAUGCUGCAAACUCUGGUGAGUGUAUAGCACGUUUGGAUGUUUUACAGGCUUGUGGAUUAAACCCUCAACCAAGUCUAGGGCAGCAGCAAAAUGUGUCUCUAUUUGUUAAGCCGCAAAUGAAAAUUGUUGAUAGAAUUCAUGAUAAGUCAACUUCUCAACUUGGUGGUUUAUUUGGUAGAAGAACGUUUAGAAAGUUGCUUGUUGCUUCACAUACUUCCUUGUUAGCUGUAGUUGAUGAAUGUGGUGUUAUUUAUGUUAUUUGUGCUGGUGACUUUCUUCCAGGAAAUUUAUAUGCAUAUGAGAAAUUGCUUCCACGUUUUCAACAUUUAGGGCUUGGUAUGUUGGUUGGUUGGGAGGCUGGUGGUUCUGAGAUAGGCCACCAAAGGGCAUAUUCUAACAAUCCAUCCAUGAGGAAAGAUGUUGCUUCCCUUUUGAAUUGUGAUCGAAAUAAUGCACUUUGGACUAUCCAACAUGGGAACAUUCAUGAGAAGGGAGUCCAGGUUGACUUGCCAAGUUUAUCUUUUAGUGCAUCAGAAAGUAUACAAUGUGAUUCUGUGAUACAUUUUCAACCGACACGUAAAGUUUUUCUUCUGUCUGAGAGAUUUUGUCAGGAUGAUUGCAUGUGUUUUUCACCUUUAGGAAUCAUUCGGCUCACUAAAAAGGAUGAUAGUAGGAAUCAAAGGAAUCUUCAUGUCAUUCACUUAAAUAUGAAUGUUGGAUUGGGGGUUCAUGACGACAUUGGCUUGGAUUCUAGGGGCAAAUCGUUAUCUUGUCUAGGGAAGGAAGAAGCUUCUAUUGGAGAAGCGAUUGGCUGUACUUUCCAAGGGUGUCUCUAUUUAGUGAAUGAAGUUGGCCUUUCAGUUGUUCUUCCCUCUAUUUCUUUCUCAUCAAAUUUCAUUCCUGUUGAAACCAUUGGGUAUCGGCAACACAAUUUUCAUACGGUCAAUGGAUAUCCUCUAAAAAGAACUGCUCAAAUUAAGAGAUCAAAAGAGCUCUUCUCGGCUUGGAAAGUGGAGGUUUUGGAUAGGGUUCUUUUGUACGAGGGCCCUGAAGAGGCAGAUCGCUUGUGUUUGGAAAAUGGAUGGGACUUAAAAAUAUCUAGGAUGCGUCGGCUACAGAUGGCAUUGCACUACCUGAAAUAUGAUGAAAUAGAGCAAUCUCUGGAAAUGCUUGUUGGUGUCAAUCUAGCAGAGGAAGGAAUUUUGAGAUUGCUUUUUGCUGCUGCUUAUUUGAUGUGUCAUAAAAAUGGCAGUGACAGUGAGGUUUCUGCUGCAUCAAGGGUUCUUUCGUUGGCUACUGCCUUCACAACCAAAAUGAUUCAAAAAUAUGGGAUGCAGCAGCAUAAGAAUGGGGAAUUGCAUGGCUUUAGGAAGAUCCGGUUGCUCUCUCUCCCAUCAAUUUCACCAGAUGAAGUGCAGAACGAAAUAGGGGGCUCAGGAAGGCUUCAUGAUAUGUCUCGCUUUAUGGAGAUCAUUCGAAAUAUGCAGAAUCGGCUUAGAGCACAAUUUAAAAAGCGUGGCCAGGGAUUGGUGGAUGGAAAGGCUUUGAAUUUAGAAACAGAUUUGUUUGAGGAUAAGUCUCAGCUUCCUGUUCUUUCAGCUAAUGCUUCAUCUUUGGAGACACUAAACCAACAAGAACUUUCAAUUUCUGCAACGUCCAUGGGCACCAGUACUGAACAGCUUGCUUUGAUGUCCAAGGAUGCCUUGGAUUCCAGUGUUUAUUUGGAUCAAGAGGAUUCAACUGCAGUAUCUGUAUUUGUGCCAGUAGCAGGAAAUUUGGGAAGGAAAAUCUUUCCCUUGGAAAAUCCUAAAGAGAUGAUUGCACGUUGGAAAGUAGAUAACUUAGACCUCAAAACUGUGGUUAAAGAUGCUCUUCUUUCUGGUCGUCUACCUUUAGCUGUUUUACAAUUACAUCUUCAUCGUUCAAGAGAUUUAGACAAUGAUGACGAGCUUCCUGAUACUUUUAGUGAAGUUCGUGACAUUGGAAGAGCCAUUGCUUAUGACCUAUUUUUAAAGGGGGAAACUGGGCAUGCCAUUGCAACGUUACAAAGGCUUGGGGAGGACAUUGAAACCUGCCUGAAGCAGUUGUUAUUUGGCACAGUGCGGAGAUCUCUUCGGAUUUUAGUUGCAGAAGAGGCAAGAAGAUUUGGUUACCUGGGACCUUAUGAUUGGAAGUUGUUGGAAAUGAUAUUAUUAAUUGAGAGGCUGUAUCCUAGCAGUAGUUUCUGGAAAACUUUUCUUGGUCGGCAGAAGGAAUUGAUGAGAGCUACACGGCCUCUAAAUUUUCCUGGAGGAAUUAAGCUCCAGUUAUUUCAUUCUCAUCUAUUUAGCAAUCUUAUCAUCGAGUGUGGCGAAAUUGAUGGAGUUGUUUUAGGUUCAUGGACAAGCAUGAAUGAAAAUUCUCUUGAUUCUGUGGUUGAUGAAGAUACUGCUGGUGCUGGAUAUUGGUCUGGUGCUGCAGUGUGGUCUAGUGUUUGGGAUCAGAGAACCAUCGAUCGUAUAGUGUUGGAUCAACCUUUCCUUAUGGGUGUUCAUGUAUUGUGGGAGUCUCAACUGGAGUAUUAUUUAUGCCAUGAUGAUUGGCAGGAGGUUUUUAAACUUAUGGACUUCGUUCCUGCAUCUGCUGUAUCACGUGGAAGCCUCCAAGUAAGUUUGGACAGCACAAAGCAUGUGCCAGCUGUUGGAUCAAGCAGCCAAUUUCCAGCAUAUGGAAGUUAUAUAUGCUCCAUUGAAGAAGUGGAUGCUGUGUGCAUGGAUGUUCCAGGAAUUAAAAUAUUCAGGUUUUCAGCUGAUGCAAUGUGCUCUAUGUGGCUAAGGAUGCUCAUGGAACAGGAGCUUGCUAAGAAAUUUAUUUUUUUGAAGGAUUACUGGGAAGGCACUGCAGAGAUUGUAGCUCUACUAGCUCGUUCAGGCUUCAUAACUAGGAGACCUAGUAGAGUACAUUUAGAGGAUUAUUCUGUGGAGAGUUCAUCUGAUCUGAAUGUAUCAGAUGGUGCACAAUAUCAAUUUGAUACCACACAAGCUUUACAUAAAUUAUUCUUGCAUCACUGCGUACAAUAUAGGUUGCCAAACCUUUUGGAGCUUUAUCUUGACCAUCACAAUCCGGUCCUGGAUAAUGAUUCACUUUACUUGUUACAGGAAGCUGCAGGAGAAUGCCAAUGGGCAAAAUGGUUGCUUCUCUCUAGGAUAAAGGGUCGUGAAUAUGAUGCAUCAUUUUGUAAUGCUCGAUCUAUAAUGUCGCAUGAUAGUAGCCUCAGUGUUCUGGAGAUUGAUGAAAUUAUUCGUACUGUUGAUGACAUUGCGGAAGGAGGGGGUGAAAUGGCGGCUUUAGCAACUCUGAUGCAUGCCCCUAAUCCAAUUCAAACUUGCCUAAGUAGUGGGAGUGUAUUAAGGAAUAGUAGCUCCACAGCUCAGUGCACUUUGGAAAACCUUAGGCCCACUUUACAACGAUUUCCUACAUUAUGGCGCACACUUGUAGCAGCAAGUGUUGGACAAGAUACUUCUAAUUUGUUGGGCUCUAAGGCAAAUAAUGUGCUUUCAAACUAUCUUUGUUGGCGGGAUAAUAUCUUCUUCUCUUCUGCACGUGAUACUUCACUUCUCCAAAUGCUGCCAUGCUGGUUUCCUAAAACUGUGAGGAGGCUGAUUCAGCUUUUUAUCCAGGGUCCUCUCGGAUGGCAAUCAUUCUCAGGGCUGCCUAUAGGAGACUCUUUGUUAGAUAGAGAAAUUGAUUUUUGCAUACAUGCUGAUGAGCACACUGAGAUAGGUGCCGUAUCUUGGGAAGCAACAAUACAAAAUCAUGUUCAGGAGGAACUCUAUGAUUCUUCACUUGAGGAAACUGGACAUGGGCUUGAGCACCAUCUGCAUCGUGGACGUGCACUGGCAGCUUUUAAUCAUGUUCUUGGUCUUAGAGUUCAAAAGUUGAAAGUGGAAGGCCAAUCUGGCACUUCAUCACAUGGACAAACAAAUGUGCAAUCAGAUGUCCAAACACUUCUAGCUCCUAUAGCACAGAGCGAGGAAGCUAUUCUUUCAUCUGUUAUUCCACUUGCUGUCACUCAUUUUGAGGAUUCUGUAUUGGUGGCUUCAUGUGCUUUUCUCCUGGAGCUGUGUGGUUUAUCUGCCAGCAUGCUUCGAGUAGAUAUUGCUGCCUUGAGGCGGAUAUCUUCAUUUCACAAAUUAAGUGAUAAUGAGAAAUAUGGUCAAAUUUCACCCAAGGGCUCUGUAUUGCAUUUGGCUUCUCACAAGGGUGGCAUGGUAGAGUCUCUGGCUCGAUCACUAGCAGAUGAAUAUCUGAGAAAGGAUAGCGUAAGUGAUGCUAAGCUAAAGAGAAGUUCAGAUUUACUUGCUAGCAAACGACCUUCACGAGCUCUCAUGCUAGUUCUACAGCAUUUAGAGAAGGCUAGCCUUCCAGUGAUGAUGGAUGGGAAGACUUGUGGAUCUUGGUUAUUAACUGGUAGUGGUGAUGGUGCUGAACUGAGAUCUCAACAAAAAGCUGCAAGUCAGCGCUGGAAUUUAGUGACAGUUUUCUGUCAGAUGCACCAGCUUCCCUUGAGCACUAAAUACCUUGCUGUAUUGGCAAGAGAUAAUGAUUGGGUUGGAUUUUUGUCUGAAGCUCAGAUUGGAGGGUACCCUUUUGAGAUGGUGGUCCAAGUGGCAACCAAGGAAUUUAGUGAUCCACGUCUCAAGAUUCAUAUUUUAACCGUUUUGAAGGGCAUGCAGUCAAGGAAAAAAGCUUGUUCUCCAUCAUAUUGUGAUACAGCAGAAAAAAGGAGCGAAACUUCAUAUUCUGAUGAGAAUAUACUUAUACCUGUUGAACUCUUUAGAAUUUUAGCAGAUUGUGAGAAGCAGAAAAAUCCUGGUGAGGCUCUGUUGAGGAAAGCUAAAGAGAUGUCCUGGUCUCUUUUGGCAAUGGUUGCAUCAUGCUUUCCAGACAUGUCUCCAUUAUCUUGCCUGACUGUUUGGCUUGAAAUUACAGCUGCAAGGGAAACUUCAGCCAUCAAGGUGAAUGGCAUUACAUCGCAGAUUGCUGAUAAUGUUGGGGCAGCUGUCGAAGCUAAUAACUCCUUGCCAGUGGGUAACAGGGCUUUAACAAUUCAUUAUAACCGGCAGAAUCCGAAACGCCGCCGUCUGAUGGAGCCCGUUUUUGUGGAUCCAUUGGUUGCACCUAUUGAUGUUUCGAGUACUUAUUUUGGUUCAAAAGUAUCUGCAGCACAGGCUGUAAUUGGCGAGGAGGAAAGAAAACCAGAUGCUAGUGAACAUGUUAAUAUUUCAAGUGAUUCUGAUGAAGUAUCAGUAUCACUCUCAAAGAUGGUGGCAGUGCUUUGUGAACAACACUUGUUUCUGCCAUUAUUAAAGGCUUUUGACAUGUUCCUGCCUUCAUGUUCUUUGUUGCCUUUCAUCCGUGCGCUUCAGGCAUUUUCACAAAUGCGCCUAUCUGAAGCUUCAGCACAUUUAGGUUCCUUUUCUGCCAGGAUAAAGGAUGAAUCAUCCAAUUUACAUUCGAAUAUUGUAAGAGAAGGACAGACUGGAACAUCAUGGUUAAGCUCCACUGCAGUAAAAGCUGCCAAUGCCAUGCUUUCAACUUGUCCAUCACCUUAUGAAAGAAGAUGCUUGCUACAACUUCUUGCUGCAACUGACUUUGGUGAUGGAGGAUCUGCUUCAACAUACUAUCGACGACUUUAUUGGAAAAUUAACUUAGCAGAGCCUCUAUUACGGAAGAAUGAUGUUCUUCAUCUUGGUAAUGAGACUCUAGAUGAUGCUUCGCUUUUAACAGCACUAGAAAAGAAUGGGCAUUGGGAGCAAGCACGCAACUGGGCCAGGCAGUUGGAGGCAAGUGGUGGGCCAUGGAAAUCUGCUGUUCACCAUGUUACGGAAACUCAGGCUGAAUCCAUGGUAACUGAGUGGAAGGAAUUUCUUUGGGAUGUUCCUGAGGAAAGAGUUGCUCUAUGGGGCCAUUGUCAGACACUGUUCAUAAGAUAUUCCUUUCUCCCUUUACAGGCUGGCUUAUUUUUCCUUAAACAUGCUGAGAUGGUGGAGAAAGACCUUCCAGCAAGAGAGCUUCAUGAAUUACUUCUGCUUUCUCUUCAAUGGUUAAGUGGGAUGAUAACACUGUCCAAUCCAGUUUAUCCAAUAAAUCUUCUGCGAGAAAUUGAGACUAGAGUGUGGCUGUUGGCAGUAGAAUCAGAAGCUCAGGUAAAGAGUGAUGGGGAGUUCACAUCAACUUCUUCCAGUCGGGAUCCUGUGAUUGGAAAUGGUUCCAACAUCAUUGACAAGACUGCAAAUCUAAUUACAAAGAUGGACAUCCAUAUUAACACAAUGAGAAACAGAACUGCAGAUAAACAUGAUGUGAAGGAAAAUAUGAUAGGACUUCAGAAGAACCAAGUCCUGGAUGCUAGCACUUCAACAGCAGGGAUUGGAGCAAAGAUAAAGCGGAGAGCAAAAGCAUAUAUGCCAUCAAGGCGUCCAUUUAUGGAUUCAGUUGAUAAAAGUACAGAUCCGGAAGAUGUUUCUAUAUCGCUUACAUCUAAGAAUGAGUUACAUCUGCAAGAUGAAAAAUUAAAGCUGGAAAUUUCUUUUUUGAAAUGGGAGGAAAGGGUGGGACCUGCAGAGGUGGAAAGGGCUGUUCUUUCUUUGCUGGAGUUUGGACAAAUAACAGCUGCCAAGCAACUCCAACAUAAGCUGUCCCCAGAACACACACCUCCAGAGUUUAAUCUUGUUGAUACUGCUCUAAAGCUUGCAGCUAUCUCAACUCCUAGUAGUAAAAUAUCUCCAUCAUUGCUUGAUGAAGAAGUCCAUUCAGUUGUCCAGUCAUGUAAUAUUACUGAGCAAAAUCUGGUUGAUCCACUUGAGGUGUUGGAGAACUUGGCAACUAUUUUUACCGAGGGUAAUGGACGUGGACUAUGUAAGAAAAUCAUAGCAGUUGUGAAAGCUGCAAAUGUUCUAUGCAUCUCCUUUUCAGAAGCAUUUGAGAAGCAGCCAGUUGAAUUGCUGCAGCUGCUCUCUCUUAAAGCACAAGAAUCAUUUGAAGAAGCAUCUCUCUUAGUGCAAACUCAUUCCAUGCCAGCAGCUAGUAUUGCUCAAAUUCUGGCAGAGUCCUUUUUGAAGGGUCUAUUGGCUGCACAUCGUGGGGGAUAUAUGGAUUUGCAAAAGGAGGAAGGGCCUGCUCCUUUAUUGUGGAGAUUUUCAGACUUCUUGAAGUGGGCAGAACUUUGCUCUUCACCACCUGAAAUUGGUCAUGCUUUGAUGCGUUUGGUAAUUACAGGACAAGAAAUACCACAUGCCUGUGAGGUUGAGCUUCUUAUUCUUUCUCAUCACUUCUACAAAUCAUCAGCAUGCCUUGAUGGAGUUGAUGUUUUGGUAGCUCUUGCUGCAACCAGAGUUGAAGCUUAUGUGUCUGAGGGUGAUUUUCCAUGUUUGGCUAGACUGAUAACUGGAGUUGGGAACUUCCAUUCCCUUAAUUUCAUUCUUGGUAUUCUCAUAGAGAAUGGUCAGCUGGAUCUUCUACUUCAAAAGUAUUCUGCUGCUGCAGAUACAAAUGCAGGAACAGCUGAGGCUGUCAGAGGAUUUCGGAUGGCUGUUUUGACAUCAUUGAAGCAUUUCAACCCAAAAGAUCUCGACGCGUUUGCUAUGGUCUAUAACCACUUUGACAUGAAGCAUGAAACAGCUUCUCUAUUAGAGUCACGAGCGUGGCAGUCUUCGGAGCAGUGGUUUCAUCGCUAUGACAAGGAUCAGAAUGAAGACCUCCUAGACUCGAUGCGAUAUUUCAUUGAAGCAGCUGAAGUUCAUUCUUCCAUUGAUGCUGGCAAUAAAACUUGCAGAACUUGUGCGCAGGCUUCCCUUGUAUCCCUUCAAAUUCGAAUGCCCGAUUCCAAGUGGCUCAGUUUAUCCGAAACCAAUGCCAGGCGAUUAUUAGUCGAGCAGUCCCGUUUUCAAGAGGCUCUAUUUGUUGCUGAAGCCUAUGAUCUUAACCAGCCAAGUGAGUGGGCAUUGGUUCUUUGGAAUCAGAUGCUAAAUCCAGAAUUAACCGAAGAAUUUGUGGCGGAAUUUGUGGCUGUGCUUCCUCUCCAACCUUCAAUGCUUGUUGAGUUGGCAAGAUUUUAUAGGGCCGAGGUGGCAGCCAGAGGUGAUCAAUCGCAAUUCUCUGUUUGGCUGACUGGGGGAGGGUUGCCUGCAGAAUGGGCUAAAUAUCUGGGGAGAUCAUUCAGAUGCUUGUUGAAGAAGACUAGAGAUCUGAGGUUAAGGUUGCAACUGGCUACCGUGGCAACCGGUUUUACCGAUAUCAUUGAUGCAUGUAUGAAGACGCUGGAUAAGGUUCCGGAUGCUGCUGGGCCGCUCGUAUUGAGGAAAGGGCAUGGUGGUGCCUAUCUCCCAUUGAUGUGAGAGGUCAUGCUUGAUGGAAAGCUGAAGGUUUGCUUUAACCAUAAGGACCUGAGGAUUACUGAAGAAAUUUUGAUUAAAAUGGCACAAGAUAGCUUGUCCUGUUGAUUUUCUUUGCGGAAAAUAGCUGGAAGAAAUAAUGAGGAUUGACACAGUUGUAAAUUGCUGGAAGAGUAGGGGGUUAAAAGAAAAAACAGGAAGUCAUUUAUUUUUCUUUUCUUUUCCAACAUACAUGGAGCCAAGCUGAGGAAGAUGGAGUGGUUGUCUUGAAGAAAGAAUGUUAGAUUAGGUCAUUAGUUAGAAGGGUGGGAAUCUUGUAAAUUGAUUAUUUGAGUAAAUAGCUUAGCUCACAAAGACCAUAUAGUUUAGUCGGCUUUGGUUAAUUGAUUUUUGGUUUUAUAAUGGAGACCCUGAGCUGAGGGAGCCCUAUUCAUUUUUGUCAUAAUUGUAAAGUAUCAUUUUUAUUUUCUAAAUGCGAUUUAAUAUUUGGGUCGUCAAAACAAA